AUGUAUCUAUUUGUUUACAGCAGAGCAACUAAAGCCCAUCCAGGACCCGUAGUCCAUCUGAGUGACAGCCCGAAGGAUGAAUGCAAGUUGCUGAUAGGGUUUGAAAGUGGAACAGUAGUACAGUGGGACCUCCGGGCCAAGAAGGUUGACUUCAGAAUCUACUACGAUGAAGCUAUCCAUUCUGUGAGCUGGCACCAUGAAGGGAAGCAGUUCAUGUGUAGCCACUCAGACGGCAGCUUGACGAUGUGGAACCUGAGGAACACAGCCAGACCUAUUCAGAUCACAUAUCCUCAUGGGAAGAUACUGAAGGAAGGGAGGAAGGAGGCGUGUAAGCCCAUCCUCAAGGUGGAAUACAAGACGUCCAGAAACAGCAACGAGCCCUAUGUCAUCUUCUCUGGGGGUCUGUCAUACGACAAGGCUGGGGGACGGAGGCCUACCCUGACCAUCAUGCAUGGCAAGGCCAUUACGGUGCUGGAGAUGGACCACCCUAUCGUAGAGUUCCUGGUGCUCUGUGACACCCCAUACUCCAACAAGAUCCAGGAUCCGUAUGCGGUGGUGCUGCUUCUAGAAAAGGACUUUAUCAUGGUUGAUCUGACACAGAGCAA